GAUCCUUUCUGCAGACUGCAAGGACAGCCAAGUCAGCCUAUGUUUUCACAGAAUGGAGAUAUUGUAAUCGGAGGCAUUUUCUCGAUGCAUUACAACCUGAUACUUAGAAAACCUACAUUUAAUGUUAUACCUGAGCCACUCAAAUGCAAAGGGAUUAAUCUGAAAGGGUUUCAGUUUGCCCAGGCAAUGGUUUUUGCCAUUGAAGAAAUCAAUAACAGUACAGAUGUUCUUCCUGAAAUUUCUCUUGGCUAUAAAAUAUUUGAUGGGUGUAGUUUUCCACUAUUGGCUAUAAAAGGAGCAAUGGAGUUAAUAAAUGGGCCAGAGGAUGAGAUGUCCUUUAAUGAGUCCUGCUCUAAAUCAUUUUUUGCUCCUGGACUCAUCGGGCAAUCUGACUCGACAUCAACCAUAGGAAUGGCAGCAACUCUUGGUCCUUUUCAUAUUCCUGUGGUAAGCCACUUUGCCACAUGUGCCUGUCUUAGCAGUAGAAAAGAGUUUCCUUCAUUUUUUCGAACAAUCCCAAGUGAUUAUUAUCAAAGUAAAGCCUUGGCACAGCUUGUUAAGCAUUUUGGGUGGACUUGGGUUGGGACAGUGAGAAGUGACAAUGAUUAUGGCAAUAAUGGAAUGGCAACCUUUAUACAAGCUGCGCAGCUAGAGGGCGUUUGUAUUGAGUACACAGAAGCCAUUUAUAGAACUAAUCCAAGAGAAAGGUUUCUUCGUACUGUGGAGGUUAUUAAACAGUCCACUUCAAAGGUGAUAGUUGCCUUCGUAUCUGUGGUGGAUAUGGAAUUUCUGAUUAAUGAGCUGCUCCUUCAGAAUGUUACAGGAUUUCAGUGGGUUAGCAGUGAGGCAUUGUUUUCUGGAAAAAAUCUUGCAACAGAAGCAAAUUUUAAAAUUGUUGGUGGAGCCAUAGGGGUUGCAAUUGUUAAUGCAGUGAUGCCAGGGCUAAAAGACUUUCUGUUGAAUAUCCAUCCUGCUAAUGACCCUGGUAAUAUUGGAUUAAAUACCAUAUGGGAAAAUACUUUUAACUGUUCAUUUUCUUCUCAAGACAAUUCUUCCUCUAUAAAAAAAUGUACUGGUUCUGAAAAUUUAGAAGAAAUACGUAAUGAUUAUACUGAUGUAACUGAUCUUGGUGUCACAAACAAUGUAUACAAAGCUGUUUAUGCUAUCGCACAUUCGCUACAUAAUCUUAUCACUUGUCAAAAUAAAGCACAAUUUGAAAAUGAUAAAGUAUGUCCAGACAAGAAGCAGAUUGAACCAUGGAUGGUACUUCAUUACCUUAAAAGUGUGAAUUUCACAACGAGGAGUGGAGACAUUGUUUAUUUUGACAGCAAUGGUGAUCCAGUUGCUAAAUAUAACUUAGUUAACUGGCAGCUCACUAAGGAAGGUGUCACCCAGUUUGUUAUAAUUGGUGUCUACGAUGCCUCCUUGCCAGAAGGACAGCAAUUUAAAAUGAAAAAUGUGCCUAUUAUCUGGGCUGGUAACCAGUACAAGGUACCCAAAUCAGUAUGCAGUGAACUGUGUCCUCCAGGUACAAGAAAAGCUGUUCAAAAAGGAAGACCCUUAUGCUGCUUUGAUUGCAUACAAUGUGCUGAAGGAGAAAUAACAAAUAAAACUGAUUCAACAGAAUGCAUGAAGUGCCCUCUAGAGUACAUGUCAAACAAACAAAGAGACCUGUGUAUCCUAAAGGAAAUUGAAUUUUUAUCCUGUGAUGAAAUCAUGGGAAUGCUGCUAGCAAUAUUUUCUUUACUGGGAACAUGUGCAACUGUAGCUACAGCCUCAGUUUUCUUUCAUUUUAGACAGACUCCUAUUGUCAAAGCCAAUAACUCUGAGCUGAGUUUUCUUCUCCUGUUUUCAUUAUCAUUAUGUUUUCUGUGUUCCCUCACAUUUAUUGGCGAGCCCUCUAAUUGGUCCUGUAUGUUACGCCAUACUGCAUUUGGAAUUACCUUUGUCUUGUGCAUUUCUUGUGUUCUAGGAAAAACAAUUGUAGUAUUAAUGGCAUUUAGGUCUACACUACCUGGAAGUAAUGUUAUGAAAUGGUUUGGACCUCAUCAACAACGAUUCACUGUUCUUGCCUUUACUCUCAUACAAGCUAUAAUUUGCUUACUUUGGCUAAUAUUGUCACCUCCUUUCCCACAUCAAAACACCACACAUUACGUUGAAAAAAUAAUUCUGGAGUGUGCUUUGGGAUCAACAGUGGCAUUUUAUGCAGUUUUAGGUUAUAUUGGAUUUCUGUCAGCCAUAUCCUUUGUCCUUGCCUUUUUGGCCCGUAAUUUACCAGAUAAUUUUAAUGAAGCAAAAUACAUCACUUUUAGUAUGCUGAUAUUCUGCGCUGUCUGGAUUACUUUUAUUCCGGCGUACAUUAGUUCACCUGGAAAGUAUACAGUAGCAGUAGAAAUAUUUGCAAUAUUAGUUUCCAGCUUUGCUUUGCUUUUCUGCAUUUUUGCACCAAAGUGUUACAUUAUUUUACUAGAACCAGAGAACAAUACAAAGAAAAAAUUAAUUGGCAAAUCAAGAAUAAAAUAA